AGGAGACCCAAGUGUUGCAGUAGGACUCAAGAUGAAGCUCUUUCUUCUCCUUGUGUUUGCCGGUCUUUGCUCUGCCCAAUACAAUCCUAACGUUAAAGCCGGCAGAACUUCUAUCGUACACCUAUUUGAAUGGCGCUGGCCGGACAUUGCAGCAGAAUGUGAGCGAUAUUUAGGACCCAAUGGGUUUGGAGGUGUCCAGAUUUCUCCACCAAAUGAGAACAUCAUUAUCAGCAACCCCUACAGACCAUGGUACGAGAGAUACCAACCAGUGAGCUACAAGCUUUGCUCCCGCUCUGGGACUGAGCAACAGUUCCGUGACAUGGUGACCCGCUGUAACAAUGUUGGGGUUUACAUCUAUGUUGAUGCUAUUAUCAACCAUAUGUGUGGAUCUGCUGGUGGUUCUGGGACACACGCUACAUGUGGAAGCUAUUUCAAUACUGGAACCAAGGAAUUCUCAGGUGUACCCUACUCCAACCUGGAUUUUAACGAUGCAAAAUGCUCAACCUCAAAUGGGGAAAUUCAGAACUAUGGUGACAAAUAUCAGGUCAGGAAUUGUCGCCUUGUGGGUCUCCUGGAUUUGGCUCUGGAAAAAGAUUAUGUCCGUGGGAAGAUUGCUGCUUUCAUGAACAACCUGAUCAGUAUUGGAGUGGCCGGGUUCAGACUGGAUGCUGCUAAGCACAUGUGGCCCGGAGACAUCCAGGCAAUCACAAGCAGACUCAAUAACCUGAACACACAGUGGUUCCCUAGUGGUAGCCGACCCUUCAUCUUCCAGGAGGUGAUUGAUUUGGGUGGAGAGGCCAUUUCAGCAAGUGAAUAUUAUGGAAAUGGACGCAUCACAGAAUUCAAAUAUGGUGCUAAACUCGGAAAUGUCAUCCGCAAGUGGAAUGGAGAAAAGAUGUCGUAUCUGAAGAACUGGGGAGAAGGCUGGGGCUUCAUGCCAACUGACAGAGCCUUGGUGUUUGUAGACAAUCACGAUAACCAGAGGGGUCACGGUGCAGGAGGCGCAUCAAUCCUCACCUUCUGGGAUGCUCGUCUAUACAAGAUGGGAGUCGGCUUCAUGUUGGCGCAUCCCUAUGGGUUUACACGGGUCAUGUCCAGUUACCGCUGGCCUAGGAGCUUUGUGAAUGGGAAGGAUGUCAACGACUGGAUCGGACCACCAAGAAACUCUGAUGGCUCAACUAAGCCAGUCACAAUUAAUGCUGACUCCACUUGUGGCAAUGACUGGGUCUGUGAACACCGAUGGCGCCAGAUCAAGAACAUGGUUAUCUUUCGUAAUGUAGUGAAUGGGCAGGCCUUCGCCAACUGGUGGGACAAUGGAGGAAACCAGAUUGCUUUUGGACGUGGAAACAGAGGAUUUAUCAUCUUUAACAAUGAAAGCUAUAACAUGGAUGUGACUUUGUUCACGGGUCUACCAGCUGGUACAUAUUGUGACGUCAUCUCCGGACAGAAGGAAGGCACACGCUGCACUGGGACACAGAUCUCUGUUGCAAGUAACGGCAACGCUCGCUUCCAGAUUAGCAGCGCAGCUGAAGACCCAUUUAUUGCAAUCCAUGUUGAUGCCAAGCUGUAGAGAGUUAUAUCAACACUAUCAAUAAACUGUAUUGGUGCAAA